AUGGUUCAUGACGAGGCUAUCGUUGCGGAUGAUGAUGAUGAUGGAGUUUCCGACCUGGGCUCAGAUGGUUUACAAUCUCUUCCAUCCGAUGAGGAACAAUUCGAGACCUACGAAGCAGGACAUAUUGUCGCCUUAUUAAUGAAUUCCGACCACCACAAUUCUCUUUUCAGAGCCCCUGUUGGUGAAGACGCACGGCAUAUAUUGGAUAUUGGAACCGGCACAGGAAAUUGGGCUAUCGAUGUGGCCGAUAGAUUCCCACAAACAAUUGUUCGUGGCGUGGAUAUUUUUCCUCCCCCAGUUACCUGGGCUCCUCCAAAUUGUAUUCUUGAAGUUGACGAUGUACUGCAAGAAUGGACCUGGUCACAACCAUUCGACUUAAUUCAUCUCCGAAUCAUGGAAGCUUCAUUCACCCCCGAAGAACUAGACAGACUUUAUAAGCAAUCCUAUCAAAACCUUCACCCUGGUGGCUGGAUUGAGCAACUUGAAGUAACUAUGGACCUUUUCAGCGAUGACGACAGCCUCCCACUAGAUUCCGCAGCUAUCAACUGGGGAGAAAUUAACCACAAGGCCGCUGAAAAAUGCGGAAGGCCCUUUCAAUUAUUUUCUACGUUAGAGAAGCGUAUACAAGAAGCGGGCUUCGUCGACAUCCACAUUCAGCACCAAAAGUGGCCCGUGGGACCAUGGGCGCGCGAUCAUUUGCUUAAGGAAGCUGGUCUCGUCAAUCUUCAACAUUGGUUGCUUGGAGUCGAAGGGUACAGCAUGUUUCAUCUCACGAAGUAUGGGGAUCCUGUUCCAUGGACAAGAGCAGAAGUUAUUGUUUAUGCUGCAAAGUUGAGGUCGGAGCUAAAGAAUCCUCACUACCAUACUUAUCAUAAGGCGAAGCGUGUAUGGGCUAGAAAGCCCAGUGAUGAUUCUCAAAGCUGA